UGAACGCCUCACACAUGGGCGGAAUUGUUGAAGUUGUCCUACAAAACAUCCGAUAGUCUCUCCGUUCCGGCGUCGACCGAUAAAGCAUGCAGGUGUCUCUGGCUAUGGGCUACUCCGGUGCGGUGCUGCUGCUGCUACUGCAGGGAUGUUGUACCGCUGCACGGGAAUGGGGGGCUUUAAAAAACGAUGCUACAGAAAGAAUACCUGAAUACACGGAUGAAACGCCGCCGGUGGAGCGUCAAACACAGACAGUCAACAAUAAUACUAUGAAUCGUCCAAAAAACUCCGGGCGGAUAUCGUCUGCUAACCCACCUACUUUUGCGGCGUCCGAGAUGACCUGCAAUGAACUGCGAUCUACCCGCUUCAUCACCGACGGCCUUUGCCGCAGUGCCAAGGCCGUGCGCGAGCUGGUGUGCUCAGGCCAGUGCCGGCCGCCCAACUCCAUCGGGGGCAAGUGGUGGCGGAGCAGCGCGUCCGACUACCGCUGCGUGCCCGCCCAUGCCCGCACCCAGCGCGUCCAGCUCCACUGCCCCAACGGUCAGACGCGGACCUACAAGAUCCGCGCGGUGACCUCCUGCAAAUGCAAGCGCUACACCCGCAACCACAACCAGACAGACGCCAAGGAGCCGGCCUCCGCGGUCCCCAAAACCAGGCGCAAUAAGAAGCAGCACACGCGGCAGAAUCAGGGGCGAAGCAGGAGCAAAACGCCCACACCCGCGCUGAGCAGCAACUCGUACUGAGGAGGAGAAGGAGGACGAGGAAGCAGAGGUGUUAUGCGAACUGCUACAAGAGAGACAUAGUUUGACUAGACAUGAAAGAGAAAGAGACAUACAUAUUCACACCCACACUCAUGCAUGCUCAAACACUUGCACAUGAGCACAGAUAUCCACAAACAGACAUUUUACAUUUUCACUCACCCACUCACUGAAAAACACAUGCACACACACACACACACACACACACACACACACAC